UUUCUUGACACAAAAAAUAGAUUCUUCGAUGAAUCGACAUCAGAUUGACAAUCGACAUGACAUAGUGAUAUGUGCAUAUCCUGUAUGUUAUUGCUCUGUGGCUGGUAACUGGUUCUAACACUUUGUUUGUUUUUUGUUUACUUUUCAAAUCAAUUAUUGGCCGUUAUAUGGUCGUUAUUGGUUGUUAAUUCUUUGUGAUUACUUAAUUAUCAUUAAGUAAAAUCCAAAGUAAUUGUAAGAUAGAGACUUCAUUAGUUAUUGUAUAAUUCAAUUUCCAGACUCCUAGUGAGUGCCAGUUCCAGUUAAUUAUGGAAAAUGCAUUACGUCGAUGUAUUAAUUGCUCCAUUCGUUUACGAUUUUUGCCCUGGCAGUGUUUGAGUGGGGUUGAAGUGAAAACCUUUAACACUUUAGCAUCUUGGAUUUCACCUACGCCAAUUUCGCGGGAAGAUGUCAUUUGUAUGGAGUGUUUGACUUCGUUACAAAAUGCUCUCCAAGCUGGGCCCACGCCUGCAGCUGUAUUUGGGCACAGAAGUGUGUGUUUAGCGUGCGGCGUAUCUACGCUACGAGCACUCACUGCACCCGUGCAUGCACAUUCCGAGGAGAGAAAUGUUAUUCUGCGUUGGGUGUCUCCACACUUGGUCCCACACCUAGAAAGAGUGUGCCGAGCAUGUCGUAUGGCAGCUAGGAGAAUUGUUCAACGACAUUCGCAACAGGAUGCAAAUCGAGCUGUUGCUAUACAAGCUGUACAUGCUCCUGAACCAGAAGCUAUACAGGCUCCUGAACCAGAAGCUAUACUGGCUCCUGAACCAGAAGCUAUACUGGCUCCUGAACCAGAAGCUGUACAAGCUUCUGAACCAGAAGCUGUACAUGCUCCUGAACCAGAAGCUAUACAGGCUGCUGAACCAGAAGCUGCACAAGCUCCUGAACCAGAAGCUGCACAAGCUUCUGAACCAGAAGUUGAACAGCCUCGAGAACCAGAAGCUGUAAGGGCUCCUGAACCACCACCACUUCCACAGCAUGACCUAUUUCAGCCGCAAAGGAGGCAAGAACCAACCUACACCUCAGGAAAAUAUAAACGUGUUGCUUCAACCACAAGGCACUGUUUAUUUCCUGAUUGUAGAAAUGUCGAACGUUAUUUAGUGCCAAGAAUUAUGAAGGAAAAUAUUCUAAGCCGCCAUAGAAUUUAUAUACCACCUUGUGCGCGUGUGUGCAGCCUUCAUUUGAACUGCGAGCAUUGGGACCAACUACAUGCCGGCCGUACAGACUUUACCAAUUCCCAAAUGGAUGACAUGCUUGAUAUGUUAGAGAAGAUUUCCUUGAAUAAAAUUGACUUUAGUAACAUUCACUCCAUCCCACCCAACCUAUGCCACUACUGGCUAGGUUUGAACGCUACCCAGUUCUACAAAUUGUUGAACAGUAUAUCGCGAUUGUAUGAACAAGUACCGGACGCGAGUGUUGCGUUAAGCAUUUACUUAAUCAAAUUAAGGACGGGAGACAGCAACGAAAGAUUGGCUGGACUUUUUGACAUGCCGAGAAGCACUUUAGAACGGAACAUGAACAAAGCAAGGGAUGUUGUGACUGAAGCUGAGGUGGACGUAACGACAUUCAUGCAGCUUGAUACGUUUGAAGAACACUGUCAUGAGAAUGAGUAAAUAAUGUAUUCAACAUUAUUUGAGUACUCGUUUACUCUCGACGAUCUCGUUAGAUGGCAUCACAGGUCUUGGAGUUAUACGGCCUGAGCCUAGCACAAAGUCUUUGAACGAGGGAAAAGGUAGUUUGGUGUUCGUGUUCGACACUACGGGGUCUAUGUUCAAUGACUUGAGGCAGCUGCGGGAGGGGGCCGAGAUGAUC